AUGGACAGAGAACAAGAAGAAAUGCAAUUCCUAGGCCCCUUUGGCAUCUACACAGAAGCGUACAAGAUCAUCAUCUCAUGGAGGAAGAUCUUCACCAAAAUCACUCUAGCUUUGAUCCUCCCACUCUCCUUCAUCUUCCUAGCUCACAUCAAAGUCUCCGAAUUACUCACAUCUAGGAUCAUACACAACGAAGUCGAAUUAAUAGACGCACAAGCCGGCACGCAGAGGUACAACAAGCUCUCCGAUCUCAUAUCAUCCGAGCAGACCACCUAUUGGCUAUUCCAACUUGCUUAUACCAUCUCACUCUUCAUCUUCUCCCUCCUCUCCACUUCUGCUGUGGUUUACACCAUUGCAUGCAUUUACACGGCUCGCGAAGUGACCUUCAAGAAGGUCAUGAGUGUUGUCCCAAAGGUUUGGAAGAGACUCAUGCUCACUUUCUUGUCCACGUUCUUGGCUUUCUUUGCUUUUACCCUAGUUUUUCUAAUAAUCCUAAUCAUAUGGACAUUCUUAUGGGCAUACACAAUUGGUAUUAGACAUAUUAAUACCCUUGUGGUGAUUUCCUACAUCAUAAUGAUCAUUUAUGGUGUAGGGUUUUUAUAUAUGACCGUUGUUUGGCAUUUGGCUAACGCGGUGUCGGUAUUAGAAGAGUCCUAUGGAUUCAAGGCCAUGGUCAAGAGCAAAAACCUGAUAAAAGGAAAGAUGUGGGUGGUUAUAGUUGUCCUUUUGAUGUUGAAUAUCUCUUCCUUUGCUAUAUAUAAAGUUUUUGAAAAGUUUGUUGUCCAUGGAGGGUCACUAAGUUUGGUGUAUAAGGUUGGAUUUGGGAUAUUGUGUUUGUCAUUGCAAUCCAUGUUGUCUCUUUUUGGGUUGAUCAUCCAAACUAUCAUCUACUUUGUGUGUAAGUCAUACCAUCAUGAAAAUAUCGAUAAGACAAUCCUCUCAGACCACUUGGAUGUUUAUCUUGGAGACUAUGUUCCUUUGAAGGAGACGGAUGUUCAGUUAGGACAAUUUCAAGUUUGA